AUGGUGUGCGAGCGGGUGAAGGUCGACGACGUCUGGAUGGAUGCCCAGCCGCUGGGGCAGAAGCUGAAGUUCCCGAAUGGACGGGCCGCCCCGAAUCGGCUUUUGAAGUCGGCGAUGACCGAGAAGUUGGCCAGGUUCAGCGAGGAUCUGGCUGAACGCGGCACCCCCACCCCGCAGCUCGUCAACCUCUACGAGAAGUUUGGGCACGGCGGAUGGGGGUUGAUUUUGACCGGGAAUAUCAUGACGCAUCCGACAAACCUCGAAGCGGCCGGCAACGUCGUCGUCUGCAAGGAGAACGACAACCCGAAUUUCCACGGCAUGUUGCGCUACAUGGCCCAGGCAGGACGAUCGAAGGGAGCAUUGAUGAUUGCUCAAGUCGGAAAUGCCGGCCGCCAAACCCCGUACGCCAUCAACCCGAGCCCCAUGUCGGCGUCUGAUGUUCAAUUGGUUUUCCCCGCCGGGACCGGGAUGCGAUUCGGGAAACCACAGCCCCUGACGACUAGUGAGAUCAAGACCGAGGUGAUCGAUCGAUUUGUGUACGCCGCGCAGGCCUUGAAGAAUGCCGGCUUCGACGGCAUCCAGCUUCACGCCGCCCACGGCUACCUGUUGUCCCAAUUCUUGGCGCCGACGACGAACAAGCGCACCGACGAGUACGGCGGAGGCGCCGAAAAUCGAUUCCGCAUUGUCCGCGAGGUGUACCAGGCCAUUCGAUCCGCCAUCCCCGAAACCAGCGGCUUUCUCGUCGGCAUCAAGUUCAACUCGGUCGAAUUCCAGAAAGAUGGGCUGACGAUGCAGGAUGCCAAGACAAUGUGUGGAAUGAUUGAGGACCUCGGCUUCGACUUCAUCGAGCUGUCCGGCGGCACCUACGAGCACAUCGAGAUGCACCAUACCAGGGACUCGACGAGGGCCAGAGAGGCCUUCUUCUUGGAGUUUGCUGAUAAGAUCCGCCCGCUCUUCUCGAAAACGAAGGUCUACGUCACUGGCGGAUUCCGCACCGUACCCGGAAUGUGCAAAGCCCUGGCUUCAGAUGCUUGCGAGGGAGUGGGCAUUGCUAGGCCGGCGGCUCAAGAACCAGACCUUGCCAAAAAACUCCUUGAUGGUGUCGUCAAGUCGGCGGCCGACUCGAAGCUCGACCCGACUAACUUCAUCUUGGGCAUGAUUGCCGCCAACACCCAAAUGGCGCAGGCCAGCUGGACCCCAGUCAGCGCGUGCGAGGGUGAUAUUUGCCACGGUAUCGUCGACCUCAGCGACGCCAAGACGUUCGAGAAAUACAUGCAAGCCGCCCUCGUCUACAUCGGCGAGUUCAUCCAGGCCGCUGACAACGGCAAGGUGAUGGCCAAGGUGUUCGAGUUCAAGGAGGGACAGGAUAAAAUUCGUGAUGACGACGACCCGAAUCCGCUUCACAUUAAGCUCGUCUACUAUAAGGAUUACACCGUUCGGGCCCAGAUCCAGCUUGGAACUCCAGGCCAAACCCUGAACCUUAUGCUCGAUACGACUUUUGCCGAUACCAUCGUCAUCAGCCCCAAAUGCUUGACAUGGGAUAAUUCGACUUGCAGCACCAAUCCGGCGUUGAACUAUACCCGUACGACCUUCGAUGGCAGCGCCUCUUCUACGUUCAAAAAUUUGGGAAUAAAUGCCGCGAAGCGUGGCGACAAUUUCCAAGCCGACUACACGGCCUCUGCGGAUGCGUUCAGCAUUGCCGAUUUUCAGAGCAACAUCAUGUUCGGAUCGGCUUAUUAUAUGCCAAGCAGCAAUGACGAUUCGAUGGCCGACGGAAUUCUGGGCCUCGGAAUCGCCGGAAUUCUCGGAAAAUCGAUCUUCGCCAAUUUGAGCAGCACCUACCCGUCGAUGACCAAAACCCCAAGCCUUGUGUCUUAUUGGCUGAACGAUUUCGAGCAGCCCAACGGAAAGGGCUACUUGACCCUGGGAGACUACGACGAUCGAAACUGCCAGAAUGACAACCUCACCACCAUUACCUUGACGUCGGGGCAGAAUUGGGAGUUCCGAUUGAAUGGUUGGAAACUCGGAAACCGUGGAGAAACAAAGAACUUGAUCGCUCGGGUCGACUCUACUUCUCGUUACAAUUUGGUACCCCAGGCUACCCUGACGGCUAUCGGCACAGCAGCAAAUGCUACCUUUGACUCGGGUGUUGGAAGUUACUUCCUGCCCUGCGAGAAAACCACCUUCCUCCCGGAUUUCCAAUUCACCAUCGGAACUCAAAAUUAUGGCAUUAAAUAUCUGGAAUAUGUCGACUCGUAUAUGGGAACCGACCGCUGUGAGAUACUCUUCCAGACAAAUAGCGUCUGGGAGCAGACCCGUACCGGACCACAGGUCGUCCUUGGUCACCCUUGGCAGCGCGCCUAUUGCCACAUGUUUGAUGUGCAAAAGCUGACGCUGCAAAUUUCCAAAGCAAAUCACUAUCAA